ACUAGUUCAGACUCUAUGGCACGUCUGCAAGAUCCUGAGCGGACAGUAAGACAGAUUAAACUCAGUCACAGACCCUAAACCCAGCGGCCUGUUAUGGCAAAUUUAGGAAAAACUUGUAUUCUUCGUCUGGAUCUCUGUGCUGUUAUUAUUGUCCUGAUUCAUGCAGAUUAUUCCAGAUGUAGUCCAGAGCAAAAUGUUCGUCAGCACAUCAACAAAACAGUGUCUGUGGGGGAAACAGUUACACUUCACUGCAACAAAACCAAAGUUGAUGAUGAUUUCGGGUGGAAGAUGAACGGCUCUGUUAUUUUUAGGCUGGUCUCUAAUAUGAACGUAACUAGAACAAACUUCAGCUCAAACAGGACUCACAUCGACUCAAGAUCUCCAAGAGAUUUAAUAAUACAUCAAAUACAAGAGUCUGAUGCUGGAAACUACACCUGUUACCCAGCGGCAAUUAGAUGGACAUUAACAGUCACAGAAAACCAGAUCAGACCAGAAUCAGCCAAACAAACCAACAUCAUCAUCAUCAUCAUCAUCAUCAUCAUCAUGUCAUUUUAUGGACUCAUUAUGAUCUGUCUGAUCGUCAGAAUCAGGAUCUUCACUCACAGGAAGUCGAGUCAGGCGAUCAACUCUAGCUCAGAAAAGCAGGAUGUGAAGAUGGUCUCAGACUGUGACAAACACACCAUAACAGUCUGUGUCUACAGUCUUCACAGAGUUUUAUCAACAUCUGACAUUUCAGAUGAGCCUCUCCGUACCGGAAGAUGUCAGUCACUCAUUUUUUAUGGGUGACCAUCAUAAGAAUAUUAGCCUACAGACCAGAUGAUCAACGUGUAUGCCUCUAAAAUGCUUUUUGCUAAUUUUAUUAAAAAUAUCUAGAAGUAAAAGUAAUUUUCAUACAGAAUAAUAUGAGAUAUAUACAUUCUCUUUAAUUUAAAUGUAUUUUAUUAUGUUUAUAAUUUGAAUAAUUGUGUUUUUAUUUUUAACUAGAUCUUUUAUUUAUCUAGUUAAAUAUAUAUAAUAUACACUAAUGAUAGUUUAUUAUUGUCAACAUGAAUAUACAGUGAGUUGUGGUGAAAAUAUUACAGAAAGAAAUCCAGGGUGAGCAGAGUGAUUAAAACUAAAUGCAUUUGUGAUCUCAGCAAUAAUUUUGGGCUGUUUUUUUUGACAUAUUGCUGCUGUGACUAACUGCAAUAAAGUCAGAACAGACUUCAGUUCUUACUUCAGAUAAACACAAGGUAGCGCCAUAAUGCCACAAUCAAAUAUUCUAUUACGUUAUCAUAUAGAUUAAUCCUUAUCACAGAAGGAAGGAUGUCUUAGCUAUCAGGUAAUUUAAGACUUUAUUUAUCUCAUUAAAAAUAUUGAUCAAUACACAGAUACAAAGACAAUGUCAAAUAUGGCUCCAUACAAACCUGAUGUUGAUCCUGUGAUGAGUGAGGUUCAAGGUUAUGUUUUGGUGUACAUAUGUAAUAAAAGAGUGAAUCACGUUGAUCCUGUGAUUAGUUCUCUCUGGCUUUUUGCUUCAUGCUUGUCUUAUUUCACGGACUUCCUGUCCUGUAACUAAUAAAAGGAAAGUAAAACAUGAAAAAUCUUUCAGAAUUAUUUUCAUUUUAAUGUUAAUUUAAAGAAAGUGUCCAGUAAUUACAAAACAAUCGAUUUAAAUGUUUAUGAAUGAAUUGAUGAAUAAAUUGAAAUUGAAUAUUAAAAUGUAUUUUUUUUUGUGACAUCCUUUGCUUCAUCACCUCACAGCAAACUAAAGGAAAUGAAGAUGAACUCCGGUCUGUG